AUGGCCGCGCAAUGGUGCGCCGCAUACGCGUCGCUAGAUGGUGCGCCGCACGCGCUGCGCGACGCUGCGAAUCGACGUAUGGCCGCGCAAUGGUGCGCCGCAUACGCGUCGCUCGAUGGUGCACCGCACGCGCUGCGCUACACUGCGACUGGUGUGAUGGACGAAGGUUAUGAGGUACCGCAGUAUUUAAAUGGUUUAAGCAGCCCACAACGUCGUGCCAAGGAAAAUCAGCUGAAUGCACGCGCGGCUGGAAAUCUAUACUCAUAG